AUGAGUUUACUGCCAACUCCACCGAUUAAUAUGUUCCAGAAUCAGGCUCCAGAGUUUCACAACAAGGAAGAAUCAGACGUGAAAGUCUACAACAGAGUUGCAGGAAGCUCACAAGUCUCAUCAAGGAAUGGUUCACGAGGAGGAUAUACACCAGACGGCGAAUAUGUUGGAAAACGGCUAAAUUCAAAUCAAAAUUGCAGCAGCCCAAAUUUUGGUGGUUUUGCUUCUGGUAGUCCAUCUUCUGGUACUAAUAACUCAUGGGGUCAAACUCUAAAUGGACAAUGGAGUCAUGGUUCUCAACAAUGGGGCACUCCUUCAGCAAUGGGGCACUCCUCCAAUGCUCAGCAAUGGGGUUCAUCAUCAAGUAUUCCACAAUGGGGUACUCCUCCAAAUGCUCAGCACUGGGGUCCAUCAUCAAGUGUUCCACAAUGGGGUACUCCUCCAAACGCUCAGCAACGGAAUACUCCACCAAAUGCCCCACAAUGGAGCACUCCACCAAAUGUUCAACAAUGGGGUUCAUCAGCAAAUGUUCACCAAUGGGGUACGGCGAGAAAUACUCAACAGUGGGGUUCAUCAUCAAAUGCCAACCAAUGGGUUCCAUCAUCAAGUGCUCAACAGUGGGGUUCAUCACCAAAUAACCGAGAAUGGGUUUCAUCACCAAAUGCAAAUCAAUGGAUUCCUCCGACAAAUGUUCAGCGUGGAUUUUCACUAGGAACCGAAGUAGAAACUACAACGAUUGGUCAAGUAGAAGUUUCACGUGAAUCAGAGGUUCGUACUUCAGAAAAUGUUCAGAGGGGAGUAUCACCUGAAUUCGGUUUCACAAAUUAUUCUUCAGAAGCACAAAUACCAAGAUCAAGACCGCGGAGAGUAGGAGGAUUAUUCAAUAUUUGGGGAAAUAAACAAGGACCAAAUUUAAAUGAAAGUCAUCAAAGUCGUUCAGGAUCUGAAGAUUAG